CGCAAGUCCCGUUAGCAGCACAAGAAGUUGGAUGAAGUUUGAGUAGGGAAAAAGUAUCUCGUUUUUAAUUCAACAAUGACUUCUGUCCAAAGCAUGAGACAGUUUGUCUGUGAUCGACUAACUGCGGCUGCUCAGCAGAUACUUGGAGCCUUUGAAAAGAAAAUAGAAGAUUAUGAGGCAGAAAUCGCUCGUCAACGCAGACUGUUGGAGUCCGUUCAGACAGAGCUCGCACAGACGUCUGUCCAUAAGGAGGAGGAGGAGGUUGUCCAUAUCCAGGAGCAGCACUGUAACAAGACAACAUGCUCCAGUUUGUUCUCACCAGAUCCUCCACAGAUUAAAGAGGAACAUGAGGAAAUGGACGUCAGUCAAGAACGACAGCAGCUUGCACAACAACAGGAGACUGGUGCCUCUACGUUGACUCCAGCUUCUGAGAGAAGUGUCCACAGUGAUCAGUCUCAGCCUUUGGACCCUGACAAAACUCCCAUUGGAGUGAAUAAAGAUCAUCAGUCUAGCAUCUCAAACAAAGACAUAUUAACUGCAUCUGACAAAGAGAGUUCUGCAGUAUCGGCACCAAACAGUGACCACCAGCUCCUUUCUCACAGCACUAACAUCACGAGCCAAGAUUACAUUUGUAAUCAUGAGAGUGCACCACCCACUAGACAUAUUCAGUCAACACCAAAAGAGAAAAGCAAUGAAGAGAACACAACAUCAGCUGCAAGUACUGAGCCAACACCCAACAAGAAAUGUAACAAUACGACCACAACAUCAACUAGAGUCGCAGAACUAAUACCAAAUGAGAAACAUAAUGAUGACAACCCAACAUCAAAAGGAAAGAACAAGUCGGCACCAAAUAAGAAAAGCAAUGACGAGAACACAACGUCAGCUACAGAGCAAACAUCUAAUGAGAAAAGCAACGAUGGGAACACAACACCAGCUACAAGUACAGAGCAAACAUCUAAUGAGAAAAGCAACGAUGGGAACACAACACCAGCUACAAGUACAGAGCAAACAUCUAAUGAGAAAAGCAAUGAUGGGAACACAACACCAGCUACAAGUACUGAUCCAACACUCAGCAAGAAAGAUCAUAAGACCACAAAAUCAACUAAAGACACCGAGCUAACACAAAAUGAGAAAUGUAAAGCUGCGAACUCAACAUCAAAAAUAAGUAAUGCCUCAACUCCAAAUAAGAAAAGCAGUGACAAGAACACAACAUCAGCUACUGAACAAACGUCUAAUGAGAAAAGUUAUGAUGUAAACACAACCUCAAGUGGAAAUAUUGAGCCAACACUGAAUAAGAAACAUGAUAACGAGAACACAACAUCAAUCAGAAGUACUGAGACAACACCACAAACGAGUAGUAAUGAUGGGAACACAGAAUCAAACAGAGCUACUGAGCCAACAACAAAUAAGAAAUGUAACAGUAAGUCCACAACAUCAACUAGAGGCACUGGGCUAACACGAAAAGAGAAACGUAAUGAUGACAGCCCAACAUCAAGUGGAACUAGCGAGCCAACACCAAAUAAGAAAAGCAACGAGAACACAUCACCUACAAGUACUGAACAAACAUCUGAUGAGAAAAGCAACGAUGGGAACACAGCAUCAACCAAUGGUAUGGAGCCAACACCAAAUGAGAAACACAACAAUGAGAACCCAACAUCAAGUGGAAAUAGUGAGCCAACUUUUUAUAAGAAACAUGAUGAAAACAAGACAUCAAUCAGAAGUACUGAGACAACACCACAGAAGAGAUCAAACAAAACACCAAAAAUGAUUCCAGAUAAAACAUCAGCUUCAAGGACUGAGCUAACACCAGAUAAGAAAUGUAGUGAUGGGAAUAAAACAUCAACUAGGGGAACCAAGCUAACACCAAAUGAGAAAGGUGAGAAUGACAACCCAACAUCAAAAGGAAAUCAUGAACCAACACCAAGUGUGAAAAGCCAAGGUGGAAGACCAACCACAACUGCAAGUGUUGAGCCAACACCAAAUGAGAAAUGUAACAAUGAGAAGACAACAUCAAAUGAAGAUACUGAGCCAAGGCCAAAAAACAAACGUGGCAGUGGGAAUAAAACAUCAUCCAGAACUACUGAGCUUGCACACAAUGAGGAACAUAAUCGUAACAACACAACGUCAACUAAAAGUAUUGAACUAACAACAAAUAAGAAAUGUAAUGAUAAGACCACAACACUAACUACAGGCAAGUUAACACCAAAUUUGAAGCGUAAUGACGAGAACCCACCAUCAAAAGGAAAUAGUAAGUCAUCACCGAAUAAGAAAAGCCAAGAUGGGAGACUGGCAUCAACUGGAAGUGGUGAGCCAAGUAAGACAUGUAAUGAUGAGAAGACAGCAUCACCUAAAAGUAAAGAUCCAACAGAAAAUAGUAAACCCAGUGAUGGGAAAGCAACACCAACUUCAAUUACUAAACCAGUAGUAAUUAAGAAACACAAUGGUGGGAAAACCACUUCUACUGAAAGUAUUGAGCCAACACCAAAUAAGAAUUCUAACAGUGAGAGCACAACAUCAGCCGAAAGUACUGAAACAACACCAAAUAAGAAACCCAAUGAUGGAAAAAUAACUCCAACUUCAAGUAGCAAGCCAAUACAAAAUAAGAAAUGUAACAAAAGGAGCACAACAUCAACUGGAAGUGAUGAGUCAACACCAAAUAAAAAAACGAACAAUGGAAACACAACGUCUACGAGGAGCAAGGAGUCAGCACCACGUAAGAGACAAAACGAUGAGAGCGCAACACCAAAUACACGUACCGACCCACCACGAAAAAAGAGAAGUAAAGAUGAGAAUACGACAUCAACCAGAAGUACGGAGCAAACUCAGCGUGAGAAACGUAACAAUGAGAGCACAGCAUCAUAUGAAGGUACUAACCCACCACUAAUUAAGAAAGAUGGGAAGGCAUCAGGUACCAAUAUCAAGGAUGAUGAUGAUAACCCAUACAAGUGUGACAGGUGUGGUAAAGUGAUGACUAAUUUCAAAAACUACAAAUUUCAUAUGAAAUCCCACACAGUUGAAAAGUCUUACAAAUGCAACACUUGUGGAAAAAUGUUCAGGGAGACUUGGGAUUUGAAUAAACACAUGGUUAUUCACUCCGUUGAAAAGCCUUUCAAAUGCAAGGUUUGCGGAAACGGAUUCAACCGGCGUUACAAUCUUGACCUACAUGUUAGGGUUCACACUGGGGAAAAGCCAUUCAAAUGCACCAUCUGCGAUAAAAGCUUCAGCUCAUGUGUGAAUAUGAAGAAGCACAUGAGAAUCCACACAGGUGAGAAGCCCUACACCUGCAGCGACUGUGGGAAGGAGUUUGCAGAUUCUUCGUCUUUCAAAAAUCACCGGCGAGUACAUUCAGGGGAAAAGCCUUUUAAGUGUUCCUCUUGCAAGAAAAGAUUUGCUACCUGGACGACUUUGAAAAGGCACACCAGAACACACACCGGUGAAAAGCCAUACACGUGCAAUGUGUGCGAGAAGGUGUUUGGUCUUAGUUCAGAUCUGAAAAGACACAUGAGGACACAUACUGGGGACAAACCUUACAAAUGCAGUACUUGUGGAGAACAGUUCUCCAGCUGGUCAAAAUUCAAUAAACACAAGAGUGUCCACACAAGCGAUGCCCAAAGCUCCUCUGCGUAAAGACAUGUCUGGAUUUGAGACAUAAUACCUGUGAUAAAAGUAAAUCAUUGCACUAAAGCAGAAUUGCUAUUGGUAUUUUAACAUUUUAUGAGUGCUGCACCAAUUUAGCAUUACACUUCUGCAUUGUCAGACUCAAACUAAAAUCUCCAAAAACUAAAUCAAUGCAGCAGAACCUGAGAUAUUGUCACUUUUAUUCAAAGAAUUAUUUUUCCUUUUACAAUAUCACAGUGACAAUCAUUUUAUAGACAGUCUUAAUGUAAACACUAGAUCUGCAAUGUUCUUGUUAUAAAUAAGUCAUGGAGUGUGAGCCUGCAUUUGUUUGACUGGCAAAUGUGGUUCUGUGGCAGAUUAAGUUGCAUUGUAUUACAGUUUCAACUUUUUUUCUGGACAAGCCUAUGUGUUUUUUGUUGUUGUUUGUUUUGAUGUCUCAUUGAAAUCAAUGAGUGGGCAGCUCUUUUGCAGGCAGUGCUAAUGUCGGUCUGAACAUCUUAUCACUGGCUUUAGGUCUCUUGAUGGUGACUCAAAAUUAAUACUCUAUUUCAUCAGGGUAACUUUCAGAGGCUUCUUUUUAACCAAAUGCUCAAGUUGUUGAUGAUAAAUGUAUUUUAGUGUCUGGUAUUUUCCUCUUUCCAUCUUGUUGAAAAUAGAAAAACAGGGGUGAUGUGCCUGCUUCUUAGAUCUGGAUGAAACUGUUGUCUUCAGUUGUUCACUUCCAGAGGCCAUUUUGGAUUUCAUUUCCUGCAGCUAUGUAUUAAUCUGUGAAAUAAGACACAGAGAUAUUGUCAAAAACCUGUAAGUAUUUUUGAACGACUAGGUUUUAGAUUUUCAUAAGGCAUCUAGAACCUGGGAAGGUUCAGUCAGUUUGUAAUCCCACAGUUUUGUGUCUUGCAAAGUUUUAUGGUUUUUCACGUGUUUUUAAAUACACACAGAAAUGUUUGAUGUAAUUAAACUAUGUUUUAAUCAGAGCUCAUGUUAUUGAUUGUACUGGGCAAAUUAGGAGGAGCAAUGCUUCUUUGUUGUCUGAAUGUCUUAAUGCCUUGACUUUGUAAUGAGUUUGUUUUUUGAAAGUGGAGCCUAUUUCUGUAAUCUACAAUACAGUUUUUCGGUAAAGCACACUAACUGAAUGAAUACUGAAUGUUUUACUUCAUCAAUCAAUUUAAUAAAUUUUAAUUUCCUUAAA